UGGCCCCGAUCCGGACACCGAAAGGGGCAUAUAUACUAGACGAGGAUCGGGUGCCGCCUGUCCAGUAAGUGUUAAUCCCGCGAAAGGGAUCGAUCGUCUACCGUGAAUAUUGUGUUGUGUGCAUCAAGGAUGGUGCCACCGCGCCGUUUGCUCUUUACGCUGGGGUGCUGCCUGCUGCUGGCAGCAACUCCCACCCUUGCAGGACGUCCUGCCUGGAAGUGGCUUGCCGAACCGUCCGAUAUUACGCUUCCGUUCGAGCCGGAGGAACUGAGUGAUGUGUUGUCCAGUGCCUCAGGCCCAAACCGUCGAGCUGUCGAGCAAACGCUCGAUGAGUCGUACCGACUGCCCAACAGUACGUCCCCGGUACACUACCAUCUCUCGCUCCGUACGGCAAUCCACCAAAACAACCGUCAGUUCAGUGGCACCGUGCUGAUCCAGAUCGAAGUGCACGAACCGACGACGACCGUCACCUUGCUUAACCGUGCGCUCACGGUACAGCGGGCCUUUCUGCACGAGGUGGCCACCGGCGGUGUAGCGGGACCGCAGCUCGAACAAGUCGCACACGCGACCGACACCCGCACGGAACAUCUGACCCUAACGAUGUCCCAGCUGCUUCCGGCCGGUUCGCAAUACUAUCUGCGCAUCGAGUUCGAAGGCACGCUGCAGAACAACAACAAUAUGGGUUUCUUCGCCUCGUCCUACCUGGACAACAGCCAAACCCGUCGCUAUCUGGCGUCGAGCAAAUUCGAACCAACGCACGCCCGUUCCGCGUUCCCGUGCUACGACGAGCCGCUGCUGAAGGCCACGUUCGAGCUGGAGCUGACCCACUCGAAGGAUUAUAGUGCGGUGGCAAACAUGCCGGCGGCCGGCGCACCCGUACCCGAUCCGGACAAUGCGGAUUACGUGACGAGUCGGUUUGAAAAAUCGCCCAAAAUGUCCACCUAUCUGCUGGCGUUCGCUGUGAGCGAUUUUUCGAUUCGUACGGCCGACCGGCAGACGGUUUACGCGCGGCCGAACGUUUUCGACGAGACGGCAUUCCCGCUCGAGGCGGGCAAUCGCAUCCUGGAUGCGCUCAGCGAUUAUAUGGACAUUUCGUACUACGACUACAUGCCCAAGAUGACGCAAAUUGCGAUUCCCGACCGUGGUACGGGAGCGAUGGAAAAUUGGGGCCUCGUAGCGUAUGGCGAGCCUGUCCUGCUGUUCAAUCCGGCCAUAAACUCCUAUCGCAACAAAAAGAGCGUUACGACGAUCAUCGCCCACGAGUACGCUCACCAGUGGUUCGGAAAUUUGGUCAGCCCGCACUGGUGGGAGUACAUCUGGCUGAACGAGGGCUUUGCCACGCUGUACGAGUACUAUGCCGCCCAGCUAGCCUACCCAGAGGGCAACUACUGGGACCUCUUCACGGUGGAGGUGAUCCAGAACGCGUUCAGUGCCGACGCAAGCGAAACGAUCCGUCCGAUGAACUGGAAUGCGGCGUCGCCCAGUGAAAUUGCCGCCCUGUUCGAUACGGUCGCUUACGACAAGUCGGGCAGCGUCCUGAACAUGUUCCGUACCGCGCUCGGGGAUGACGUUUGGCGCUACGGCCUGAAGACGUACAUGUCCGCCCGGCAGCUGGACGGUGCGACAGCAGAACAUCUGUACUCCGGACUGCAGGAAGCUCUCGCGGCGAAUGCACCCUCCCUGCUGCCGGCCGGUGUUACCGUCCGGCAGCUAAUGGACACGUGGACGUCCGAGCCUGGCUUCCCGGUGCUGAACGUUUACCGUACGUACGGGGACGAUAAGCAGGAAGCGAUCCUCUCGCAGGAACGAUUCCUGUCCAACAAAAAGCUCCCAAACACGCACGUGUACCUCGUUCCGUACGAUUUUACCACCGGAAGCCAGCCCAACUUCAACCCUACUCCCGAAGGAUACGCUUGGCUUUCGUCGAAGGCGCAAAAAAUCUCGAUCAAUGCACCAAACGACCAGUGGGUCAUCUUUAACCGCCAGCAAAACGGGUACUACCGCGUAAACUACGAUGCACACAACUGGGAUCUUCUGAUCGAGGCGUUGCAUGCUAACCCGACGCAGAUCCAUCACCGCAACCGGGCACAGCUGGUAAACGAUGCCUACAAUCUGGCUCGUGCCGACCAGCUCGAUAUUUCCGUCCCACUUCGCCUGAUGGAGUAUCUGCGCAAGGAAACGGAAUACGCUCCGUGGACAGCGGCCGGUAGCGCUCUUACCUUCUUCAACAACAAGCUGCGCGGUACGGACCACUACGACCAUUUCCUAGUGUACGCCAACCGAAUCUUGCUCGACAUCUAUCCGACGCUGGCUGUCGAUAGUGUCGCUGCCGACGAAACGCUGCUCCAUCAAUAUCUCAAGCAGUUCAUCACGACCUGGGCCUGUCGCAUUGGGCACGGCGACUGUCUCACGAAGAUGAAGCAAGCGCUUACCGCAGCACACCAGGCCAGCGCUCCCGUGCAUCCGGACAUUGCCACCGCUGUCUACUGCAAUGGGUUAGCUAGCGGAUCGGACGAAGAAUUCGUUUGGGUGUACGAACAGUUUAAAAACUCUCGCAGCCAGGCACAGCGUACGGUGCUGAUCGAUGCGUUGGCCUGUUCGCGCAAUCCAGCCCAGCUGUCCGCGCUUCUCACGGUGGCCCUUGGCACUGGCAGUGAUUUCGAUGCAAUGCUCGCAUCCGAACGUACGCGCAUCGUGUCCGCUGUUUACGGCGCAAGCCGGGAAGGCGUUGAUGCGGUGAUCGAUUUCCUGAUGGUGUCCCCCGCACAGGUGACCGAAUUCGUACAGCGACUGGGACAGUCGGCACUCAACAGUGCCGUAUCGAACAUUGCUUCCCGCACCAACAAUCAGCAGGAGCUGGACCGGUUGAAUGCGCUGCUAAACAGCUUGGGAUCUAUGGUGCCCGAAUCGGUGGCCACUAGUGCCCGCAGUACGGUGCAGAAUAAUUUCAACUGGUUCACCAGUCUGGAGGGAUUGGUGGCGGUGGAGUACUUCCAAAAGGUGGCCACCACACCACAGGAAUUGUGAGAUGAAAUUUGUGAAAAAGGUUACAUUGUAAAGGGGGAAAAUUCCAUUGUUAAACAGUAUAUAAUGAGUUUAAACGAAUACAACAACCGACGUUUUUCGUCCAGCGAA